UCCUCCUCACACCUGAGGUGUUUUCACAGUUUUGUGUGGGGCGCGGCAGAGUCAGUUGCCUUCCUGGCCGCUGCGAGGGAACCGGGAGGACUUCCUGCGUCCCCCGCACCUGCAGCGGAAGUGCAAGCGCAGUGUCUUGAGUCAGCGCGUUACCGACCUUCUGCAGCUAGUCUGUCCUAGUCUCACGCGUGGGUCCGUGUGGUGGAAGGGAAGGCGGCCCGGCAGCGUUAAAAUGUGGCCCUGCCCCAGCUCUAGCUGCUCCCCCUUACCUGUGUGUCCGCGGGCGAGCCGGCGGUUGCUCCGCUUCCCCGCUUAGGCUGGUUUGCCCAGGCCGCUGUGAGAAUUUAGCGGGAGAAACGCGGAGCUGGCAGCGCAAAGCUCAGCGUCUGGAGCCCAGAGCUCUCUGUUCCAGACGCACGGUUUGGGGAGAAAGGGCGGAAACUUUCGCCAGAGACUGUUCUGUUCCAGAGCAUGAGUUGCACCAGGUCAAAAUUAGAAUCGAAGCCGGAGACAAACAGUAUCAGUGUGGCUGGGAGGCCGGCAGCAGGGUCUCGGGAAACUGAAGGGGGCCAGAGAAGUGGGGCGCAGCACCGGUGACCCCGUCUCCACAGGGUUGGUGGUUUCCCCCGACCACGUUGUUUCUAGGCGCUUCCUCAGGUGUUGGGAGCUGGACUGUGACUCAGGGAAGGGGACUGUGGCCGAGCUAAGGAGGUCACGCUUCGUGUAAUGUCACGUCCAGAUCUCAUGGCAUCACCAAGCCCCCAGCUGCUGGUGGCCGGGGGGGGGGGGGGGGGGGGGGGAAAGAGAAAGGGUCCGCCUCGCGCUGUGUGUCUUCACCUAGCGGGAGAGGUGCUGGCCGUGGCCCGCGGGCUAAAGCCGGCUGUUCUCUAUGACUGCAACUCUGCCGGUGUAUUGGCGCUCCAGAGCUAUCUGGAGGAGCUGCAGGGCCUGGGCUUCCUGACACUGGGACUUCACGUCCUUGAGAUUGGGGAGAGUAACCUCAUUGUCAACCCCGAGCAUGCCUGCGGGCAUUUGGAGCAGGUACUGCUGGGUACCACAGCUUUAGUGGAUGUUUCCUGCUCCCGGCCUCAUCCUUCUGUCUGUUCGCUGGACCAGCUCCAGGACUUGAAAUCUGCCCUGACUGAGAUCAUCACACAUUUUCAAGGACUGCGGAGGCAUGUGUCUCCGGGAGUCUCCUACAGCAAGCUGCAUCCCUCAAACUGGAAUCUCUGCACUGUAUUUGGGAUACUCCUGGGCUAUCCUGUCGCUUACACGUUUCACCUGAGCCACGGAGAUGGCAACUGCUUAGCCAUGAUCCCCUUGCGGGUGUUCGCUGUCCAGAUUUCAUGGCUGCCUGGUCAACCUCCAAUUCUGCUCUACUCCUUUAGUGUUCCAGAGAGUUUGUUCCCAGCCCUGAGGAACUUCCUAAGCACCUGGGAGAAGGAGCUCGGAACCCGAUUUAGGACUCAGAAUGACUUUGGUGACCUCAGCAUCUCCUCUGAGAUAGUCACACUGCCUGCUGUGUCCCUCUGACUUAGCUCUGCCUGUUGAGAAGGUGAAUGCUUUUCUCCUGUGAUGAAGAUGACAAUCUGUCAUUUUAAAUUACAUCCUUUAUUUCAAUGUUUUUUUAUAUAUUUUCUUUAAAAUUUUUUAUUGAGUUAUAUAUGUAUUUUCUCACUCCCCUUCCCUCCUCUCCCCUCCUACCCUUCUCCCUUUCCCCCACGUUUUCUAUUUACUCAGGAGAUCUUGUCUUUUUCCCUUUCCUAGGCUGAUCCAUGUGUAUGUCUCUCUUAGGGAUCUCUUUGUUACCUUGGUUCCAUGGGGUUGUGCCUGCAGGCUGAUUGUCCUUUGCUUUGCAUCUAAUAUCCACUUAUGAGUGAGUACAUACUAUAUUUGUCUUUCUGGGUCUGAGUUACCUCACUCAGGAUGGCUUUGUCUAGAUCCAUCCAUUUGCCUGCAGAUUUC